AUGAAAUCAUUUGAGCUUGCACUCCGAGGUUACGAUGAAAAAUUAAAUUCAGAAAAUCCCGGCGUAUUUCGAGGUCUUAUAAACUUUAGUUCAGAGUUAGAUUCGGUACUAAAAUGUCAUAUUGAGAACUCUUCGGUAUUUAAAGGUUUAUCCAAAUCAAUCCAAAAUGAUUUACUAGAAUGUUGUUUAGCUGUAUGUCAACAAAGAAUUAAAAAUGAAAUAAAACAAGCAGAAUAUAUUUCUGUAAUUGCUGACGAAACAACUGACGUAUCUGCUCAGUUUCAAUUGUCAAUAAUAUUUAGAUAUUUACUAUCGGAUGGAACACCAGUAGAAAGGUUUUGGGGAUUUUUCAAUCCUAUUGGACACGAUGCGAAAUCGUUGUCUGAAUGCAUAAUAUUCAAUUUGGAAAAAGUCCUAGAGUCACCAGAUAUGUUGAUUUGUCAGAGUUACGACGGCGCAAACGUGAUGAGUGGACGUCUCAAAGGUGUACAAAAAAUAAUAAACAAUAGCUAUAAAAAUGCACAUUUCAUACAUUGCUAUGCUCAUCAGCUUAAUUUAAUUUUAAUUCAAGCAACUUCACAAAAUCAGUCAUUAAUUGAAUGUAUGAAAGAAAUUGAAUCAACAUUUAAUCAAACCAUAGCAAUUAAUCAAGCUAGAGCUUUGCAUCGGAUGUUAAUUGAUGAUAGAUUUAUAUUUUGGUUAAGAGUGUUUCAUUCUUUAAUGCCCCAUGUUGAUAUUCUAUAUAAUUAA